AUGUCGCGAUACAUUGAUAUGCAAUGCAAUUCGCCACAGAAGCAGUUGUGCGGACAGCAAAGCAAUACCCACAGCAGUAACAUCCGAAUGGAAAAGGCAGUAAGGAAUGUUUCACAUUACCAGAUACUUCAGGAUGAUCGUUUGGCUGCCACCAUGAUUUUACGGGAAGGCUAUGAAUCAGAAGGAAUUGGUGAUACUGUCAUUCCUACUGGAAGUUCAUUCCCUACUGGAAGAUCAUUCCGUUUCAAUACUUUUCUUCUGAAGUUGAUUCCAUACGGCAAAGGGAUAAUUAAUGGUGGCGGUCGUACAUUGCUUGUCCCCAUCAUAUGGAGAGUUACUAACAAAUGUACCGUGACACAAGAUACACGUAAUGCAAUUCACGUAACUACCAGUUAUAAGUAG